CGUGGAAGUAAAAGAAGCUGAUCCAUUGUUGUAGAAGUGGAUGAAGAUCAGAGAUUUUACAGCAUUUGAUAUAAUAUAAUGUAUUCAUUCUUUGAAUAGAAAAUGAAUCAAUCUUUACGGUUUACGGCUUUGUUUUCAUUCCUUUAAAUCUAAUUAAUUAAUUGAAUUUGUUAGAGGAAUAAAUAAACAAUUUAUUAAAGAAUAAUCGGAUGUGAUGGUGAUGGUGACGAUGAAUAAACAAGACAAAGCAAUUUUAAGUUGGUGUUGGAGAAAUGAAUUGAAAACACUUGCUUUUACUUUUCGCCGAGCCAGCGUCUCUGUUUUGUCAGGAAAAGAAAUAUUUGGCAGAAAACUGCUUUUGGCUUGCCUUUGGUAAGAAAAAUUUUGAAAAUGAAAAAAAAAAGCCUUUAUUUAUUUAUUGAUUUAGGUAAUGAAACCAAUCGGAAUUGUUUGUGACAUAAGUUACGUGGACUAAAUCUCUCUACUUGAAAAAUCAAAAUUCAAAACCAACUGCUUAUAUAUAUAUAUAUAUAUAUAUAUAUAAGCCCUAAUUUCAUCCUUGUCAACCAACUCUUUCUCGUCAAUCCAACCAUACAACCAAAUAGUCUCUCUUUCUCUGAGACGCCAACCAAUCGCCGGCAUAAAUAAAUGAUCAGGUUGGAGUUGGAUGUGAUUGGGGCGGUUGGAUUGUUAUCCAUGUAGGUUUUUAAGAUUUUAAUAAAUUGUGAGAGGAAUAUUAAUGGAGGCUAACAUUUGUGACCUCAAUCACUUGGAGGCCGAUGUCCUUCUGCCUCCUCGGAAGCGCCUGCUUGCUGGAUUUAAGAAACAAGCUUCAAAUCCCAAUGGUGCUUCUGAUCAGCCUACGGUUGCUUCUUCCUCUUCGUCUCCUCCUUCACCCUCACCCUUCCCCUCCCCGUCCCCUUCUACUUCUUCAAGCGAUGUUAAUGCCCAUCUUGAUAAUUUCUUGAGUUCCCAUUUUAAUAACCCACAUCUUUCUCCCCAAGAGAUUUUGGAAACAUCAAGAGCAGCAGCUACUGCUGCUGCUAAGGCUGCAGAGGCUGCCAGAGCUGCUGCAGAGGAGAAGGCUGCAAUUGCAGCUAAUGCUGUCGUGGCAGCUAAGAAUGCUUUGGACAUGGUAGCAUCAUUUUCUGAAGACACCAUUAGUAAGGAUAGAUACCUGAAAAAUAAUAAGCUCAACAAGAAGCAUGUCCCAGUUCAACUCUUAUACAAAAAGCACCAACCAAUCGAGACUUAUAAGACAGAUGAAGAUUUAGCCGGUAGAUUGCAUCGAGCAGUCAACACUUCUCCAAGAAUCUCGAAGAAUUCUCCAACUUCUGAAAGAAGAGGUCAUAAACAAAAAAGGCCUAAGGGCUUACUGACUCUUGAGAAAACAAUGGUUUCCAAUGGGGGUAUAGUCUCUGGAGGAAGCCCAUCUUCUACAUGCAAUGGAGGUACUAUAGCAGGCAAAAUUGAUUCUGAGUACUCCAUUGAAGAGUCCGUUAAAGCAGAGGCAAAGGGAGCCACAUACGAAAAAUCUGGACAAUCGGAGAUGGAUGAUGGUGAAGCAGAAUCAAGUCAUUCAAAGAAAAAAGCUUGUGAAGAUGCGUAUUCUCCUGGUCAAAAGAGGGGAAGAGUGAAGCUAAAGAAGUUGCCCUUAAGCAUUUGUUCCUACAGGAAUCGAGUGAAUCCCAAGGAAGAGAUGAUAAAUAAGAGCUCUCCAUUGACGGAAAAGAAGAUGGGUAAUACAACUGCUGCUGCUGCUAAGCACUUGUUUUCUCUAGAGCCCUCUGCUGAUGGUGUUAUUUCGAUUGAAGGUACACCUAUGUGGAAAUGCCAGGAUUUCAAGGCUCCUGCAUGUGUCAAACAGAAAAAAGUCAUCCAAUCAUAAUGUUAAGUUCCUAUUCUUAUAACGGAUGGCUUUAAUGCCCUCUGCUGAUGGUGUUAUUUCAAUUGAAUGUACACCUAUAUCUGGAAAUGCCUGGAUUUCAAGGCCCUUGCAUGUAUCAAACAAAACAAAGUCAUGCAAUCAUAAUGUUCAGUUCCUAUUCUUAUAAUAGGUGGCUUCGAUGAUAAAAGUUAAUAGCUGAGGUAGGAUUUGCGGUUCUCUUUUUGUAAGAAUGACUUUACUCCAUUUAGCUUUUUGCUGGUUUUUAGUUUUGUAACGAAGUUGAAUAGACAGAAUGUAAAUUUGAAUGCUCAACUGCUUGCCUCUACACUUUACUAAUGGUGCUUGCUGCGUUAAAUGACAACAAUAUUUGGAGUAGAGAUAAAAAGGAAUGCAAUAAAUUUGGGCCGUUCCUUGUUAA